AUGGCUUUGGUGAGAAGUCUAUUGGGUGCAAAGAAGAUUCUUGGAGCUGCAACAAGCAAAAGAGCAACCUCGGCUUCACCAAAAGGGUUUCUUGCGGUGUACAUAGGAGAAAGUCAGAAGAAGAGAUAUGUAGUGCCAAUCUCUUACUUGAGCCAGCCUUCAUUUCAAGCUCUUCUCAGUAAAGCCGAGGAAGAGUUUGGGUUCGAUCAUCCAAUGGGUGGCUUAACGAUCCCAUGUCCUGAAGAUACUUUCAUCACUGUGACUUCUCGGCUUCAGUGAUGAUUAUCCAUCAUUUUGUUCUUAGAAUUAGAGUUAGACUUGUUCCUUGUAAAUAGAGGAGAUUUUUUUUUACUCUUUCUUCUUGAAAGAGUUGUUCUAAAAGUUUUUGGAAGUAAAUACCAUUAUUCUGUUACACAAUAA